CCACGUGAGAAGGGCUGGAAAUAGGCCCAUCACAGCUUAUUCCAAAUUCUCUCAGAUACCUAAAUAAUAUCUGGACAGUGUUUCACAGUUGACAAAGGGUUUGCAUAUAAUAACCCCACUGUUCUCUCCAUUUUAGCAACUAGAAGUUCAAAGAGGGUAAGUAUGUGGCUCAUGGUCACACAGUAAGUAUGGCAGAAGCAGGAGCUUAAAGCUGUUUUUGGAGUUUUUACACUGCUGUUACUUCAUCUUGGAAUUUCCUUUACUCAGCCUAUGUCUACUUUUCCUCCCCAGUCUCACCCCACCCAAAGUAUAUAUACACAAACCUGUUGUGGAGCUGUGCCCGCAGGCUGGAGGGGGAGUGGAGCUGGACUAGCAGCAUAGCCUGCAGUAGGUGGAAGGUGGCAGUUCCUGCGCAUACUCGGUACACAGCUCCAGAGCCACUGAGCACUGGGCAGUGAGUGUAGCCAAACAGAUGGACACAUAACCCUGAGGGCAUCUGGAUCUGGAGGAGGAGAGUGCAUGUGAGAAAUAGCAGGGCAAUUCAUGAAUAGAGAGGUACCUGCUUCUCAUGGUUAUAUCCAUUCAGUUGUCCCCUACCCCCCAAUCUGAAUUUUUUGUCUAUCUGAGGGUUUCACCUUUCACUCUUGGGUUGCAACCUGAAUCCUCCCUCUUACCCCAUGUGCCUUCCCCCAGAUUCUUUCCAUUACUGUCCUUGACAGCAGGAGGCAGCAGAUUGCUGAGGACCCCAAGUGGAGGAGGAUGUAGAACAGGCGGCUACAAGCAGACUCUGUGACAAGGGGCCAUCUAGAAUGGCAGCUGCAGGUACAGGGAACAGGCUCACAGCAGGACACCUGGGGAUAGAGCAGCAGAUGGAGAUUUGCUGAGGAAAAGUUUAAUGUAUGUAUUAGGUUAACCCAUGAGGCUGAAUUCCAAAAUUUCCCUUUCGUUUUCUUCUCUCCUUUCACUCAGGAAUUCUCAGAAUCUGGUUCCAAGCUAUUUAGGAUUGCCUUCCACUGACAUCAAGUAGAGCUUUCAUCAUAAGAGCUGAUACAGGCUUGAGCAGACCUUCCUAAAAGCCUAAGUCACACCUGGCCUCUCACCUUUCUGUUAGACCUAUAGACCUGGUACUGGGAAGUGGGACAAGAGGUUUAAUUUCAGGAGCUAAGAAAAGGAAAGGCCUCAGAGGGGAAAGGAAGGCCUAUCAUCUUUAUUGGCUCCCUGGGUUUUCUUCCCCAGCUUCAGCCACCAUUCCCUUCCAUUUUCUUAGUUCCUGCUCUAGGGACCUUUCAAGCCCCUUUGCCCAAGUAUGCUCUCACCUGAUAGAAGGGAGGAUUCACCAUGAUAUUGCUGAUUCCACUGCGUUGUGCCAGGUGGAGGGAGGUGCUGGGUUCUGUAACUGCCUUGGCACCCACCAUCCUUGUCCCAGGGAUUAGGCCCAGGUCCGCCAGAUGGAAGUAGGAUGAGAAAGUAGCUUUUUUUUGUCCUCAGCCAUGGGCUGCCACGGUGCUGGGGGGUGAUCACCCAGUCUAAAGGAGUAUGAGGAGGGACAUAACGAAAGGAACACCAACCUCCCGGAUGUGGUAAAUGCAAAUGUCUCUGUAAAGCUACUUUCUUUGCAGGGCCUUUGGGCCACACAGGCUGUUCUCCCCAGAUUAUGGAGCACUUUGCAAAUCUGGCCUCUAGUGGAUUAGCAUCCUUAAUUGGUUUAGGACUAGACGUCAUCCAUCCUGGUUGAACAGAAUUGAUGGGGGCGGGAUGGAUUGGAAGGGGUAGAAUCUAGGUGAAGAGAAGCUAAGGAUGUCGGUUGGUGAGGGCCGGAGUAAUGACGGGGUAGCUGUGUGGGAGGGCCUUGCAGAAAACAACACUAGAACCCCUACAGGAAGUCUGAGAGGCAACCCUCCUUCCUGACUGAAGUUUCUAGAACCCAGAACAUUAGUGAAGGUGUGGCCCGAGCCCAGCCCCGCCUCAUCCUCUCCGGGCGGAAGUUUCAGGGCAGCUACCGGAAGUCUUGGUGAGGUGGGGCGGGGCCUGUGCAGCGGCACGGUGGGAUCGAUAUGGCUACCGAGGGGGAUGUGGAGCUGGAGUUGGAGACUGAGACCAGCGGCCCGGAGCGGCCUCCCGAGAAGCCACGGAAGCAUGACAGCGGUGCGGCGGACCUGGAGCGAGUCACCGACUACGCGGAGGAGAAGGAGAUCCAGAGUUCCAAUUUGGAGACGGCCAUGUCCGUCAUCGGAGACAGACGGUCCCGGGAACAGAAAGCCAAACAGGAGCGGGAGAAGGAACUGGCCAAAGUCACCAUUAAGAAGGAAGAUCUGGAGCUGAUAAUGACAGAGAUGGAGAUCUCACGAGCAGCAGCAGAACGGAGCUUGAGGGAACACAUGGGCAACGUGGUAGAGGCUCUUAUUGCCCUAACCAACUGAUUUGUGCUUUCUCAGACCCAUUGACUGGAUUAUUUUAUUCAAUAAAGAUUUAGCUUUUUUUUUUU